AUGGAUCAUGUCAACCACACUUGGACCCAGAGUUUCACCCUCGCUGGUUUCAUGACCCCUGGGACCCUGCGACCUCUUGCAUUCCUGGGGACCCUGUGCAUCUACCUCCUCACCCUGGCAGGGAACGUGUUCAUCAUCGUCCUGGUCCAGGCAGAUUCUGGCCUGUCCACGCCCAUGUACUUCUUCAUCAGUGUCCUCUCCUUCCUGGAACUCUGGUACGUCAGCACCACAGCGCCCACGUUGCUGCACACCUUGCUCCGAGGGCCUUCCCCCAUCUCGGCAGCCACGUGCUUCGCCCAGCUGUAUGUCUUCCACUCCUUGGGCAUGACUGAGUGCUGCCUGCUGGGUGUCAUGGCACUGGACCGCUACCUUGCCAUCUGCCGCCCUCUCCACUACCAUGCACUCAUGGGCAGAAAGGUGCAGCUAGGGCUAGCAGGGGCUGCUUGGGGGUCUGGCUUCUCAGUUGCACUUCUGCCGGCCAUCCUCACUGCCACACUGCCCUUCUGUUUGAAAGAGGUGGACCAUUACUUUUGUGACCUGGCACCCCUAAUGCGGUUGGCAUGUGUGGACACAGGCUGGCAUGCUCAGGUCCAUAUUGUAGUGAUUGGUGUGAUCAAUGCAUGCAAUCUUGUGCUCAUUUCGGGCCUGUAUGGAGGUAUCCUGAGGGCUGUGUUGAAGCUGCCCUCAGCUGCCAGCCGUGCCAAGGCCUUCUCCACCUGCUCCUCCCACAUGACUGUAGUGACUCUAUUCUUUGGCUCUGCCUUCAUUGUGUAUGUGGGGCCAGCUGGGAGUCGCCCUGAGGGCACAGACAAGCUGAUAGCCUUGGUAUAUACCCUUCUUACACCUUUCCUCAAUCCCAUCAUCUAUACCCUUCGCAACAAGGAGGUGAAGGAGGCAGUAAAGAGGGUCACUGGUAGGAUCAGGGCUAUUUUGAAGGAACCUUGA